AUGGGUAACGCCGUGGCAGAAAAUGUGUUGGGGACAGCUGGAACCAUUUUCUGGUGUAUCCAGUUGAUACCCCAGAUUAUCCGAAACUACAAAGUCAAGAAUUGUGAAGGUCUUCCUCCACUCAUGAUGUUCCUCUGGGCUGCCAGUGGGAUACCAUUUGCUAUUUACUUCUUUGCAUCUGACGGUUCGAUUCCUUUACGAAUCCAGCCGCAACUUUUCACAUUGUUCUGUACUGUUUCCUGGGCGCAGACGUUGUACUACCCUCCAUACAAUUUGCCUAGAAGGAGAAUGUGGAUCUACAUCGUAGGUUUUGUCAUAAUUGGCAUAGCUUUGGAAGUGGGUUUCAUCUUGUGGUUGCGCCCUGUGUAUCGUCACGGAACUCACUGGCCAUUGUUGAUAAUCGGUAUUAUCGCUUCAAUACUUUUGGCCGUUGGUUUAGUGCCUCCAUACUUUGAAUUGGCCAAACGUCAAGGUCGUGUUGUAGGCAUCAACUUUGUGUUUUUGUUCAUGGACUCCAUGGGGGCACUCUUGUCGAUGUUGAGUAUCAUCGUAGGCACUUUCGACAUCAUGUCCAUGGUGUUGUAUGCCAUCGUGUUGGCGAUGGAAAUCGGAAUUGCAACUAGCCAUGCCAUCUGGUACUUCAGAAUGGGCAAGAGGAUCAUCAAGGAAGAAAAGGCUGCCGCCAAGUUGCAAGAAGAGUCAAAGGAAUGUCCGUCAGAAAGCGACCCUUCUGAUGAUGUUGUCGUCGAACAGGACGUUAUUUCCACCAAGGAAGAACUUGCAUAG